AUUUCACAAGCUGGAAAAAUGGCGGAAACCGUUUUACGACGUCCUGCAGGCUUACGAAAAUGCCUCGGUGCUGCUCCCCGCCUUCUACAACACCCGCAACACGGACGUCUCCAUCCGGGUCAAGUACGUCCUGGACGAUUUCGAGUCCCAGCAGGCCGUCUACUACUUCCACCCGCAGUAUCUCAUCAACGUCUCGCGCUAUUGGCUGAGCCAGGGCGUGCGGGCCAAGCGCGUCAGCACGGGCCUGAUCCUGGUGACGGCUGCCCUGGAGCUCUGCGAGGAAGUGCACCUUUUUGGAUUCUGGGCGUUCCCCAUGAACCCUUCAGGGAUCUUCAUCACCCACCAUUACUACGACAACGUCAAACCUCGGCCGGGUUUCCACGCCAUGCCUUCGGAAAUCUUCAACUUCCUCCAUAUGCACAGCAAAGGGAUCCUGCGGGUACACACGGGCACCUGCAGCUGAUGGCAGACGGCGAGCUUCACUUUGUCCGUGCACUGUGUAGAGGAAAAGGAGGAGGAGAAGGCGAAGUACGUGGGAGCUCUGUGUCUGAGAACCAAGUCCUGGCACUGUUUCGGAGGCGGGAGGAGUCACCCCAGAGUGACUUCCCCUCUCUUGAAUGUCUCAUGUUUAAAACGAUCUCGCGAAAGGGUCAUUCGGUGGGUAAGUUUCCCACGCCACGCUGGAAAAGAAACCCGCUUGUGGCUGUGUGGAUUGGCCGUGGAUC